AUGUUCAAAGUCCUAAGGUCCUUAUCACGCUCUGCUGGUCCUGGCAUCUCCCUCUGGACCUGGGGUGUGUCGGGGGCUAUGUGCCCUGACAGCUGCCACUGUGUGUGGGAGAGCAGCAUGGUGCUGUGUAUGGACGCUGGGCUCCGUGAGUUCCCCCAGGGCCUUCCUCCGGACACUGUCACCCUCCACCUGGAGAGGAACUACAUCCGCUCGCUCCCCGAGAGCGCCUUUAGGGAGCUGACCCACCUGAGGGAGCUGUACCUCUCCCACAACCGCAUCGAUACCCUCUCCUCCGGGGCCCUGCGCCACCUGAGCUCAGAGCUCCGUCUCCUGGACCUCUCCCACAACCAGUUACGCCAGGCCAGCCGGGACGAGUUCAGUUCCACGCGGGCCAAGACACGCCUCUACCACAACCCGUGGCACUGUGACUGUACCCUGCAGGAGCUGAUGGAGACGUUAAAUCUAGAGCCGGAGACGGUUAACGGGAUCGUGUGUGAGAGCUCGGUGAGGAGCGCCGGGGAGGUGAGUCGCUGGGAGGAUCCAGGGGGUGCAGGGGAGCACGCCGGUCAACCGCUGGUUAAGUUGCUCGACUCUGGGGUGAACUUCUGUAAUCUCCAGCGGAAGACCACAGAUGUGGCUAUGCUGGUGACCAUGUUCGUGUGGUUCUUCAUGGUCAUUGUUUAUGUGGUCUACUACGUGAGACAGAACCAGGCUGAGACCAGAAGACAUCUGGAGUAUCUGAAGAGUUUGCCCAGUCCGAGGAAAACACUCACGGAGACCGACACGAUAAGCACUGGUCUCUGA